UUCAUUGCGCUUUAUUGCUUAACUAUCCUAAAACACAUUUUUAAAAAUUGGCAUUUGACGCCCACCGUAACGUUCGCCGCAAACCUGUGAUGGACGUUUGUAUUUGUAUUUUGCGAAAUCGAUAUUAAUUUGCAUUUUAGAGUUUUUUGUGUCAUUAUUUUAGUAUAAGUUAUAUGUUUGAGGUAGGUGUGAGGUCCCUCUAAAAAGAAUAUGAUCAUAGAGAUAGAGCUUUUUCCAUGCACGUGUGUUCCUGGACUGUGUAGUAUUUUUGUAAAGCGCCUUAAAGCGCAAAACUUGAGAGAGUAUCUUGGGAAUAAAGACUCUAUAGGAGAGCUCAAUUACCCCUCAUCCUCUCGUGACCUGGGUCACCUAAACCUGAGACCAUAUCUCCUCUACCUUGUACGACCUGCACUGGCUUCCUGUGAUUUAUCGUGUUCGGUUUUAACUGUUGUUUACAAAGCUCAUAAUAAUCAAGCACCUGACUAUAUAUAAUGUGAACGUUGACAUGUCAAGUGGAUCUAACGCGCGCUCUGGGGUUUUCUUGUAUCGUCGCGUUCCAUCGACAUCGAAACCGUACCAUAUAGGUAACUAACUACCGGGUUAAUAAUCUAUUGAUUAGUCAUUUAUUUAUAUAUUCAUUAAUUUAUUAACUGAAAUCAGUUAUUCUGAAUAGCUCAGUUGUCACUUCUUGUCCAGCUUGCGUAGGGCUUUCGGAACCGUAUUUGCUAGCCUAGGCUGCAUAAAUGGUAAAGCCACCCACCAUUGCAAGACCUUGAACAGAGCAUGUUUUUCAAUUACUUUUAACUCUGUCACCACGGCCAUGUUGUUCUGUUUCGGUCGGGGCAGCCCGAGAAAGCAAGAUAGUUGCUGGUCUAAUGUCGUUUGCUUGUGUGCAACAUUUGGUCAAGUAUUAAUUAUGGGCACCGGGCAAGGUUUUGGAGUGUUCUUGCCCGUUAUUAUGAACGAGUUCAACACAAGCAGAGAGUACACCGCGUGGAUUGGAUCAAUAGCAAUAGCCAUGACGUUGGGCUUGUCUCCUGUGUCCGGACGGUUGUGUGAUCGCUUUGGCUCCCGUUCCGUUGCCAUAAUCGGCGCCUUGUUUAGUUCUUUGGGCCUCAUCUUGACUUCCUUGGUUAAAAAAGUAGAUUUAUUUUAUCUCACCUACAGUGUCCUGUUUGGAUUUGGAGCCUGCUGUUGCCGUACAGCAAACUUCUUGAUAACAGCCAAGUACUUCGUGAAGCGGAGAUCGUUCGCCACGGGGCUAGUGACGGCGGGAGCUGGUUUGGGUGUCUUCGCCCUGGCACCGAUAAAUCAAAAGGUGAUAGAUUCCUAUGGCCUCAGCAUUGCGUACAGGGUGCUUGGGUUUGUAAUUCCGGUAAACUGUUUUCUUGCCUUGUUCUACGAUCCUAACAUAGAGGACGAACUAGCUCAAGGCAAUGAUGAAGAGGCGCCAAAACAUCAAGAGGAAAUUAACGGGCAAGAAGACCCGCAGAAAUGCCAGAAACUCAUCGACUUUUCAGUCUGGAAAGUGCCUGCCUUUACCAUUGUAGCUGUGUGUUAUGCAGGGAUGUCCAUUGUGUUAUUUACACCUCAGUUUCAUUUGGUGCGACAUUGCGAAGACUUGGGUAUCUCUGCCGAUAAAUCUUCCAAACUCCUGAUGAUAUACGGACUCACGUCUUGUUUUGUGCGCAUAAUUACCGGCAGACUGUGUGACAUGCAAGCAAUUAAUCCCAUCUACGUGUUUCAGUUUGGAAUGUUUACAAGUGGUCUGGCAGUGAUAAUGUUCGGGGUUCCCUCCUCCUAUGUGGCUCUUGCAGUAAUCAGUGCAUUCUUUGGCGUGGGAGACGGAGCAAGCUUGACUUCAGGAAAUCUUCUGUUGCUCACGACAGUGGAACCUAAAAAACGAGCCUCCGCGUUUGGAUUGGCUAAUUUGUUAGACUCAGUUUCCAUAGCAACCGGAGCUCCUUUAUCUGGUAAUUAGUAUUUUUCUGUAGUUCGUGUAUUACGGUGGUUGUAAUGAGUUGA